UCGGGCUCUUUGAAACCGUGGUUUAAUACAGGUGGUUGGGCAGAGGCCUUAAUAAGCGGUUGCUGUCUGGAUGACGCCGGGGUUGGAGGUGCCGCGUUCCCUCGGAUGCCCUGUGUAAGUUUUGGAGGAUGUUUUUAUAACAGGCCAGGCUCGUGGGUUUGGGGAAUUCAGUUAUUAGCACUCUAGACUGUCAGUUCCUGCUCAUGACUUGCUCCUGUCCCAAAGACAGUAGAAAACAUAGUUUUAGGUUUUGGCAGAAUGCACUGGCAUCACGAGUGUUCAAAUCCACGUGCUGACGAGGUGGAUGCAGCACAAACGAGCAAAGAGCUGCUGCAGGGACCAGUUUCAGGUGGCGAGUUUGAUUUCCAGAAGGCGUAGCUGGUAUGUUUGUUUUCCCAGUAUCUAAGGCUUGAAAUCAAAUACGCUCCGAGGAUUGCCCUUUAAAUUUCCUUACAUUAAUCUUAAUGCUGGUUGCUAACCGAGACCAGAUCUUUCCUAAACACAUCUGGUGACUGGGCACGGCCGCAGCGCUUUUUGUCUACACUGGAGAGCCGUGAAGGCAGAGAGCAAAGAGUUUGGGGUUUGUGGGUGCUCGGUCUGAUUGCUUUGGUUGUGUUAACUCCCUUUGAGGCUCGGCCGUGUACGAGCCCUUGGUCACAGCGGGACCUGCAGCAGCUCCACGGAGGUUUCUGGGCAGGCUGAACAUGUGGAAACGCGCUCUGCUUGGCGUGGGAAGCGCGGCGGGCGGUUUACUGGGGUGUUGCUGGAUGCCAGGCUGGGAGACGCACUUCUCGGUGGGCUCAGCCAGUGCUGCGGAUGCUCAGGGCACCGUGGGGCCGGUGCUGUGCCGGGGACAACCCGCUCGGCAUCACCCUGCAGACCCAUGGCUCAGGUUCGGAAGAACGAGCCGGCAAAGCGGCGCGGAGACAGCAUCGGGGGUUCGUUGCCGCGUUUGCUUUGCCUCAACAGCACGCGUGGCGGCUCUGCCUUCUGCUACCCGAAUCUAUCUCGGUGAGGUGAGAGUUGUUGUGCAGAGUUUCCUCUUUAUAUCCUCUUAUGUCACGCUGCCCCGCCGGCCGAGUGCGCUCAAAAUAGCUGCCAAUCCCAGUAGGUUUCACUUCAAGGUCUCUAUUCUUAGCUGGCUGGGUAGCUGAGCAAGCCGCCUUACUCAGUAGUCAUGAGUUCAAGGACCGUAGGGUAAAGACCAGCAAACUCAUGCCAUGCAGGAGCUUUGUUUGCUUUUCAAAGCAGCUUUGAAGCGACAGCUUGGGCAGAGCCCUACUCAGCCUUACGCGCUCAAAAAGAGAUCCGCGUGUCUGUGAGUAUGAAAUAAGAGUUGCCGGAGCCCGUACACGCUCCGGAGGAGGCAGACGGCUCAGCAGACGGGAUGACUCAGUGCUCAAGAGUCUGUUAAGGGCCCGUUGCAUCCGACCCAUCUACCGGCAGCUUUAUCGGAUGCGUUUUACUGCCACACCGAUGAGCGGAUCCGCGCGUGGAGGGAGCGAAGCAGAAGUGAAUGUGGGAUGCGGAGCGGCGGCUUCGCGAGAGCGGAACUAGCUGGGUGUUCUCAGAGCCCUUUACCGGCACUGGAGAUCUCCACCGCGCUGGUGAUGUUCGGCCCGUCCUCUGCCGUGACCCCGUGCACCUCCCCGCGGGUGCCCCAGACCGUCCCCAUGGAUCUGCGCAUCGGGCAGCGCGUCGUCAAGCCCGGCUCGGACACGGCUUUGCUGGCUCUGAAGCACACGCAGCAGCUGCAGCACCAGCUCUUCCUCGCCAGCCUGCACCAACAGCAAGUGGAGCAGCUCGCCCAUCAGCACGUCAGGGUCACCAUGGAGUCCCCGCACCGCGAAGCUGAACCGGGGCAGCAGGAGCAGGAGCUGCGACAGAUCCUCAAUAAGGACAAGAGCAAGCGAAGUGCUGUGGCCAGCACGGUGGUGAAGCAGAAGCUGGCUGAGGUCAUCCUGAAGAAGCAGCAGGCAGCUCUGGAGAGGACCAGCAACCCCAACCCUUCAGCCAUGCCAUACAGGACUCCGGAGCCUCUGGACACCGAGGGCCCAUCCCCUCCGGUGCUCAGCACCUUCCUGCCCCCCGUCCCCAGCACUGCUCUUGACCCCCCGGAGCAUUUUCCACUGCGGAAGACGGCGUCCGAGCCCAACCUGAAGGUGCGAUGCAAGCCCAGGAAGUGCCUUGACCGACGCAAGAACCCCCUGACGCGGAAGGAGAGCGCUCCCCCCUCGCUGAAGAGGCGGCCGCCCGAGGCGAUCGACUCCUCCCCAAGCAGCAGCAGCACCCCCGUGUCCGGCUGCAGCUCCCCCAACGACAGCCUCCCCACCGAGCACGGCGCCCUCCCCGCAGCCCCCGGCAUGACCCACGAGACACCCCUGGCCCAGCGCCUGAUGCUGCAGGAGAGCUCCCUGGCCCAGUUUGCCCUGCAGAGCGCGGCCUCCCUUCCCGCCAUCACGCUGGGAUUGCCGGCUACCACUAGCGCCAGGGGGGAGGCAGAUCGCCGGCCCCUCUCCAGCCUGGCGCACCGGGUGCCCGUGCUGAACGGACCCGUCCUCGCGGGCACGCACUCGCCCAUGUUCCUGCCGCCUGGCUUGGAGCAGCACGAGGCUGGGAGCCCCUUGUCCCCCCGGCUCCAGCCCGUCAUCAUCCUCGAGCCCUCGGUCACCCACGCUCCGCUGGUGGCAGUGCCAGGUCUGGGGACCGUCCCCUUCUCCUUCGCCCCCUCGCUCAUCUCGACAGAGCGCCUGUCACUCCCGGGCCAUCACAAACCCCUGGGCAGGACCCGCUCGGAGCCGCUGCCCCAGAACCCCAAGGCCAUCCAGCAGCAACUGGUGUACCAGCAGCAUCACACCCAGUUCCUGGAACGGCUCAAGCAGCAGACGCAUCUGGGCAAGCGCAUGGCUAAAUCCAGCGAGAAGCCCCGUCUGCGGCAGAUCCCCUCCUCGGAGGACAUGGAGGCCGAGGGGGCGCUCCCGGAGGCUGGGGCUGAGAGCAGCGACCCGGCGAGGACACGCGUGGAGCCGCCACGGCCGGGGGGCGGCAUGAAGGAGCCCGAGAGGACGCAGAAGCUGAUGCAGCCUCAGGAGGAGCUUGUGCUGCAGCAGGCCUAUCUCUGGGAUUCCUACCAGCGGGUGCAGCAGCAGCUCCUCAAGCGACAGCCCUUGGCCGACCCCCCCAUGGUCCCCACCAUCCACGCGGGGCACAGACCCCUCUCCAGGGCCCAGUCAUCUCCUGCCACCGCCACCAUCUCCCUUCCUGCCCAGGACACAGCCUCCAAGACGCUUUCCCUGCCCGUGCAGGAGCAGCCAGCCAAGCAGCACUUCACCACAGGGCUGGUUUACGACUCGGUGAUGCUCAAACACCAGUGCUCAUGCGGCGACAACAGCAACCACCCGGAGCACGCGGGCAGGAUCCAGAGCAUCUGGUCGCGGCUGCAGGAGCGGGGGCUGCGCAGCCAGUGCGAAUGUCUGCGGGGACGCAAAGCCACCCUGGAAGAGCUGCAGUGCGUCCACACCGAGCGCCACGUCUUCCUCUACGGCACCAACCCCCUCAACCGCCUCAAACUGGACAACGGGAAGCUGGCAGGGAUCCUGUCACAGCGGAUGUUCGUCAUGCUGCCCUGCGGAGGGGUGGGGGUGGACAGCGAUACCAUCUGGAACGAGCUGCACUCCUCCAACGCUGCGCGCUGGGCCGCCGGCAGCGUCACCGAGCUGGCCUUCAAGGUGGCCACCAGGGAGCUGAAGAACGGCUUUGCUGUGGUGCGGCCACCCGGACAUCACGCGGAUCCUUCCACUGCCAUGGGAUUUUGCUUCUUUAACUCGGUGGCCAUCGCCGCCAGGCAGCUGCAGCAGAAAGGGAAGCUCGGCAAGAUCCUCAUCGUGGACUGGGACGUUCACCACGGCAACGGGACUCAGCAGAUCUUCUACAGAGACCCCGACGUUCUCUACAUCUCUUUGCAUCGUCACGAUGAUGGCAACUUCUUCCCCGGCAGCGGGGCCGCCGACGAGGUUGGUUCUGGCCCUGGUGAGGGAUUUAAUGUCAACGUAGCCUGGACCGGAGGGCUCGACCCCCCCAUGGGUGACCCGGAGUAUCUGGCUGCUUUCAGGACAGUGGUGAUGCCAAUCGCACACGAAUUCUCGCCCGAUGUGGUGCUGGUGUCGGCCGGCUUUGACGCAGCUGACGGUCACCCCCCGCCCCUGGGCGGCUACAAAGUCUCUGCUAAAUGCUUUGGCUACAUGACGAAGCAGCUGAUGAGUCUGGCUGGUGGAGCCGUUGUCCUCGCGCUGGAAGGUGGCCAUGACCUUACGGCCAUCUGCGAUGCAUCUGAGGCCUGCGUGUCGGCCUUGCUGGGAAACGAGCUGGAGCCUCUCCCAGAAGAAAGCAUGAGGCAGAAACCCAACCCCAACGCCGUGCGCUCCUUGGAAACGGUGAUCCAGGUCCAGAGUAAAUACUGGGUGGCCGUGCAGCGCUUUGCUUCCAAGCUGGGCUGCUCCUUCCUGGAGGCUCAGCACCACGAGGCAGAAGAGGUGGAGACAGUCACAGCCUUGGCCUCCCUCUCGGUGGCCGUGAUGGUGGAGAAGAGGCCACAGGACGAGCCGAUGGAGGAGGAGGAGCCCAUGAACCAGUGAUGAGCAGUGAUUCUCUGCUCCCCUGCUUCCAGGACACGGCUGGACUCUGCUGAGCCCAGCGCUCGCUCUUCAUUCCUGGCUUCCCAUUUGCCACGUCAUCCUCACUCCCCGAGUCACGGUCCUGAAACGGCCGGACCUUUGGCUGCCACCUCUGCAGGUCUCCCAGCGAGGACGUUCCUGCGGCCGCCUGCAAGGUGUCCUCCUGCUCAGGACCGAUGGAGAACCAUGAACUCCUCUGCACAGUGUGGCUGUGCAAACCCAGCCCGUGCCUGCCAUCAGUCCCCAACCGGCGGGACCUGACACCCCUCUGGGGACACACGGGAGAGGCCUCCGCACCCCCUCAACCUGCCCUUCUCCUGGGACCGUCCUCACCUGGGGAAGGGGGUGGGCGUUGGGAUGGACAUUGCAGGCGGUUCAAGCCACCCAGAGCUCCUCGCCAGCCUUUGAGCAGCAGUUUUGCCUGGGGGGGGACACUCUGUGUCUUGUUUCCUGCCUCCCCUUCCUCUGGUGGGGCACAAAGUGACGGUGACACGGGCUGUGACCUCGUUGUGCACGAGGAAGGUUCGGACCGUUGUGACCGGUGCCCACAGCCGGGGAAGAGCGAGUGCUGGAGCGUCCGCAGCGCCCGGGAUGGCACCCGCGGGACGUCCGAACCACUAACCCUGGUGCGGGGCUCUGAUUUGCACUAUACACACUUGCCUUGUGCUAACGU